UUUUAGGAUUAGUUUAAACGAGUUUCACAAUACUGGUACCUACAAGACAUCCUAUUUAUUACUCUAAAAUAGGUUUUCUCUUAUUUUUGGUAUUAAUCAGUUGAAUAGUUAAACAAAAGGGCUUCAAAAACAAUCGCAAUACGAUACGUUGCUAGAACACGUUCGUAAACGCAAUGUCGGUUGUGAAAUUUUCCAGUUGUUUUUUCAUAUUUUUUGAGACUUAACAUUAAAACUAAUAAAAUUCAAGAAAAAUUGUAAAUAAUAGUGAUAAAUUAUUUGCUAAAUCUAAAGAAACUGACAGAUAAGCCACGAUGCAGAUAUUCGUGAAGACCCUGACGGGUAAAACUAUUACCCUUGAAGUAGAAGCUUCAGAUACUAUCGAAAAUGUAAAAGCAAAAAUCCAAGACAAAGAAGGAAUACCACCAGAUCAGCAACGUCUUAUUUUCGCUGGAAAGCAAUUAGAAGAUGGUCGUACCCUCUCUGAUUACAAUAUCCAGAAAGAAUCCACUUUACAUCUUGUGCUUAGACUUCGAGGAGGUGUCAUUGAGCCCACACUUCGUAUUCUUGCACAGAAAUAUAAUUGUGACAAGAUGAUUUGCAGGAAAUGUUACGCGCGUUUACAUCCACGUGCAACCAACUGCCGUAAGAAGAAAUGUGGACACACAAAUAACAUUCGUCCAAAAAAGAAGUUGAAGUAGAUUAUAAAUUCCAUUUAUGCUUGCAUGUUUUGCAAGUUAAUGUAUUUCUUAAAAAAGUUUUAAUAAACGAAACACGAAUAUAAAAAUA